CACAAAAAUUCUAUUUUGCCAAGUUGUCAUCAUCCCCAAAAAAAUAAUAAGAAAAUUUUGCCUAAUUUUUUUUACAUAAAAUAAUCUAUAUAUUUUAAAUAAACAAAAGAAAAAGUGUAUGUGCAAAAAGUGUUUGUUGCAGUUGUAGUGUUCCAAAAUGUCUUGGUUAAAUAAUAGUUUAAAUACGAUAAAGGGUCAACUGACGACAUUGGCCCAAGAGAUUCUUGAAGAAACUGCAGGUCCUGGCGAUGCCGAAUAUCAUCGCAGUGCCACACCAACGGUAGAUAAUAGAACUGCCAUAGAAAUAUUGGCCGAUACGCAAAAAGAUAAAGAAGAUUUAGAUAAAUUGUGCUCUGAAAAAGAUAUUGAGAUUUUGGCACUUCGCAAACAGAUUGAAACUUUACAAAAUCAAAUAAGUGACACUGGAGGAGGUAGCAGUGGUAAUACAACAAGUGGAGGUGCCAAUAGUGGACGUACUUCAAAAACGCCUACCGAUAAUAAUGUCUCAAAUUUGGAAGACAGUUGGUGCUGGGAACCAGAUAACAAUAAAACCGAAAAUGAUCACAGUUCCGAAACCUCUAGUGGUAAUGGCAAUGAAAUGGUUAACAUUACCUUGGAGGAAAUCCCCUUGGGAGCUUCAGCCAAGGCUAGCACAAAAACGAAAAUACAACGUUUGGGUGCUGGAUCCUCGUCUCAGAAUGCUGAAUUACAAAAGCGAAUACAACAGCUAGAGGAGGAGAAUAAGCAACUGAAUAAUUCCCUGGAAGAAUUGGAUACUCAGCAUAAUUUGGCCAUGCAAAAUAUGCUAGAGCUUAAGACCGACUUGCAGGAAAAACUAGCCAAGGUGACUAAACAUUAUGAAGCUUUGAAAGCUACAGAAAAGAAAAAGUUUAAUGAUUUUCAACAAGAGAUAGAGAAAUACAAAAAGAAAUCCGAACAAUUGGAAAAGGACUAUCACACAACUAGACAAGAAAAUCAGGAAAUAAAACAAAAACUGGAGUCUACGGAAAGAGAAAUGAAACGAUCCCUAGAGGAAAUGGCUGAUUUGCAAACAUUGUUAGAAAAGAAAUCCUUAGAUAACAAUGAACUUUUGCAAAGAAUUAAGGAGCUGAGCAUAGAGAGUGAACAGGAAAAAGUAGAUCUUAAUCAAAAACUAGACAUGCUGUCCAAAGAACUGGAAGAAUUGAAAGUAACAAAAAGUAAAAAGACUUCCGAAUCCUCUAAUAGUUCCACCAGCAAACAAAGUGAAGAUGAAUUUAUUGUUGUAAGAGAACAAGAUGCCACAUCUUCAGGUCCUGCCACACCGCCCAGCAAGGAAGAGCUUAAGGAUAAAAUAGUGCAACUAGAAAAUCGUGUCUCGGAAUUGACUUUGGAAAAUGGCAGCCUUUCGUUGAAGUUACAAGAUCGUCAAAUGGAAAAAGAUCUUUCCAUUAAUGUGCUUAAAGAAUCGGUUAAAACUUUACAAACUGAAAAUGAUGAAUUGGCCGAUAAACUGCGCAUGACUCUUAUCGAUCUGGAAGAUCAGCAAUUUAAGAUUAACGAUCUUAAAGAGAAAGCUUCGGAGGCCAUAAUAGCUCAAGAGCAACUAAAAGCUUUAGCGGAGGAAAAACAUAAAUUCGCCCAAGAAAUAGAACAAAUGAAAGAAACUCUCAAUAAAUCUCUAGAAUUGGAGAAACGUUUACUUAUAGCAGAACAGGAAAAGGAAACACUACAAAUCGAGUUACAAAACCAAAAGGCGUCACAACAAAGAAUCAAUGAAUUGGAGCAGAAAAUACAAAAUCUUACCUAUCAAAAUCAACAGUUACAACUAAAUGCCGAGUGUGAAACCGAAACUCUAAACAACAGCAAUGAAUUGGAGCAGAAACUUAAAGUUUUACACGAGGAAAAUGAUCACUUAAAAUCCGAAUUGGAACGACUCACCGAUUCCAAUUUCUCACGAGCCAUAGCCGAUGAAAAACAUUGCAUUACCGAUUUGGAUGAGGAGGACGAAGAUGAAGGCUUCAGUUUGGAAAAGUUGAAAUCACUACUAAAAGUAUUUACCACACAAGAUGCCAAGGAAAUGCAACAUGAGGAUGUAGAAAAAUUAUAUAAACAUUUAAGAGAUAAACUACACAAACUAGAAGCCACCGAAAGAGAAUUGGCUCAUAUGUCAAGCGAAAUGCUGGAAUUGCAGGACAACAAAUUGGUUUGGGAUCAUGAAAAGAAAACUUUAGAGGCUGACAUUUCGCAGUACAUAUUGCAAUGUGAUGAACUAAUGAAAAACAAUGAAAUAUUGUUGAAUGAAUUAGAAAACUAUAAACGCAACAAAUUGGAAACGAUAUCGGAAAAUAAUGAAGAAAAUAUUGUACAAUUGGAAUCGCAACUGGAAGAGUGCAAUAAUCUCAAUCGUACUUUGGAGCAGGAGUACAUAGAACUUAAUGAAAAAAUUGAAGAAUUGGAAAAGGAGAAACAAUUACUAAAUGAGAAAUUAAGAACGUCCCAACAACAAUGUGAGGCCUUAAAUACAAAAGAAAAAGAUUUAAAUCUUCAGGUGGAAACAUUAGAAUUAGAAAAAUGUAAUUUACUGCUUAAGCUAAAUGGUGUUAAUGCCAGCCAUGAAGAGCAACAAGAAGACUCACAAGCUUUAAGAAUUUACCAAGAGAAAUGUGAAAGUUUGGAGAAGCAACUAAAUACUUUAGCCAAAGAUCAUGCCGAUUUAGUGGCAGCUUUGCAAAAACAAAAAGAACAACUUUUGGAGGCCAUACAAAAGGGUGAUAACACUGAAAAACUAUUAAGAGAGGAACAGCUUUUGGGAGAGCAACUAAAGGAGAAAGUUAAAUCUAUAGAUAAUCUGCAAUCUUUAAAUGAAAAACUACAAGAAAAUUUGAAAGAAGCUAACUUACAGACAGAACAAUUUAAACAGGAACUAAUGGCUAAGGAUAUUGUAGCUGAAAGCUUAAAGCAGGAAGUAAAAACUUUACAAAGCUAUUUGCAAGAAGCGGAAGGUUUAGUAGAUAGUAAAUUGGUAUUGGAAGAACAAUUAAAUGAAAAACAACAAAAAAUAGAAGAGUUGCUAAAGGAACUUAAAGCUGUUAAGGAAAUAGAAGAAAACAUGAAACAAGAAUUAGACAAAUUAAUGGCUGAGAAAAUUGAUGCUAAUCUGUUAGAGCAACUUAAAGAAGAAAAAGCUUUAUUACAAGAUAAACUAAAAACUUUAGAAAAUGAGCUAGAAAACCUUAAACAAACUAAUUUAACUGAAGCUAGCAACAAUGAAGAACAGACAAACCAUUUAGCACGUAUAGCCGAACUAGAGUCACAACUUCUCGCCACAGCUGAUUUGCAAAAAUCCCUAGAAGCUUUAAACUAUGAAAAACAAGAAAUGAUUAAAGCUUUACAACAAAAACAUGCAGAAAAUAUGCAGUAUUAUAUGGAAAUACAACGUCUAACACCCUUAGCUCAACAACAGACAGAUAAAACCUGUGAUAAGUGUCCCUCUCUGGAAACGAACAUAGCUGAACUGCAAAAACAACAGGAAAAGUUACAGGAUCAAAUUAGUUUCCUUAAAGAAAAAUCAGAUAUAUUAACGACCAAUCUUUUGACGGAACAGACUAACCAGAAAUUGGUACAACAAGAAAAGGCAGAUGUUAUGGAACAGAAUGCUACAUUGCGCAAGGAUUUGGAACGUUUAAGAGCUCAUCUUUUGGAAAGUGAAGAUAUGCAUACCCAAGAAAUGGUCGAACUGCAAAAGGAAUUUGAGGAAACCAAGGCCAAAAUGAUAGCUCUUGAAGAUGAGGUGAAUAAGUCCAGCAAUGCUUAUACAUCGGCUAGCAUACGGGCCAAUCAACAUGCCGAAACAUUGCAGGCUCAAUAUGCUUUGGUAGUACAGCAACGAGAUGAAUUAGUUAAUAAAUUAACAGUGGCUGAAGAUCGUGAAUCGAAAAAUCAAGCGGCUUUAACAAAUCUACAGUGUGCUUUAGAACAAUUUCAAAAUGACAAAGAAAAUGAUAUCAAAUUGGCCACACAACGUAUACGCAAAGAAUUGCAACAGCAUUUGGACAAAGAAACACAAUUGCAAUUGGAAAUUCAACAAUUACAGCAACAAUUAUCGGAUGCCAAUCAAGGACUAAAUGCUGCCUCCAGGCUUUCCGAUCAAUUAGAAGCCAGUCAACAAACUAUUAAUGUUUUAAGGGAAGAGGUGGAAUCUUUGAAACAAUUAAAUAUGGACUUGGAAAAGAAACUUUCAACCACGGAAUCCAGUCAAACGGAUAAAAUCGAAAAGAGUCUUAUUAAAAGUUUACUGAUUGGUUAUGUGGUCAGUGGCAAUCCUAAUGAUAAGCAACAGAUUUUAAGAAUGAUUUCAUCAGUAUUGGAUUUCAAUCAAAACGAAACCGAUAAAGUAGGUCUUAAUAAACAGCAAGGAGGCUGGCUGGGUAGCUUACUGGGAGGAGGUGGUGGUUCACCAGGUUCUCAUUCAAAAGACAAUUUAGUUCAGGCUUUUGUGGAAUUCCUCGAGCAAGAAUCUCAACCCAAACCACAACAAUCACAAAUGCCCAAUUUAUUAAAUAUAACCCAUACACCAGUAACAGCAACAGCUGCCUCUACUAAUUCAACGCCCGCCUCUAGACGUUCAUCAAAUAUUGCAAAUCCUUUAGGGGCAGCUAGCGGUGCCGCAACAACUUAUCCCGCCCCCGUACCUAUACAACCCUUAUUACUCAAUUCUACUGUGUUAGAUGAUUUUGCACCUUCACGUAAUUCCAGUUCUAUUUUAAAAGAUAUUCUAAGUGAUUCUUGAUUAUUGUAAUAUUAAUUGUUUAUGUCCUAUUUUAUAUAUUUUUUUUAAUUUUCUAAAUAAUAGUCCUGUUGUUUGUAAAAAAUAUUUAUAUUAUAUAUUUUUUUCCUAUACGUAAACGUGCAAUUAUUAAAUUUUGUAUCGUAUAUUGAUUGUUUUUGCCGUUCUAUAUGCUAACGAUGUAUUUAAAAAGUGGCCCAAUGUAAAUAAUUGUCUUUUUGAUAUUUUAGAUGAAAAAAAAAACAACAACAAAAGAAAUUAAGUUACUCUAUAUAAUAGGUAUGAAAUAAAUAUGUAACGAAAUAAAUAUCACUUAUAAAGUAUU